AUGGCUUCCCUAUGGCUAACGUUAUUCUCCUUAGGUCUAAUAUGCCUCGGUUGUAUUGCUGAACCAACUCUGGUUCAAGAACCCGAAUUUGAAUGCGUCCCUAUGUACGAACAACCUGCACUACAACUCCCUCUAAUGAAGAAUCAUCAAAUACAGAUGAAACCAAGUCGAGAGCUUUUGUCAGUGCUCUCUACUUCUAAUAAUGACACAACCACAAAGAUCAUUUUGAAAGGAUCAAAAGGAUGUUCUAAAGGACAAGUACCGGUUCACAAACCAAAAACCAACGUAACCGAUAAUCUUAUCUAUCCCCAACAACUUACUAAGGACUACAAUCAACAUUAUGCAAUUAUCAAGACAUUUGGUGAUACGAUUACAAAAUGGAGUGGGGCACAAGCAUUGUUCAAUAUUAUCAAGCCGCCAGUGGCGAAAAAUCAGUAUAGUAGGGUUUGGAUUUGGCUUAAUUACAACGUAAUGAGCAGCAUCCAGUUUGGUGUGGCUGUGGAUACGAUACUAUAUCGGGAUAACCGUCCAAGGCUAACAACGUAUUGGAUGUCAGAUAAACAACAAAACGGUUGUUACAAUGCGUUAUGCCCAGGAGGUUAUGUCCAAGUUCAUAAAUCAAUCUACCCUGGUAUGAUUUUUGAUAAAGUCAGUGUUCCAGGAGGAAUACAACACACUUUCCAUCUUUCUGUUGCCGAGGAUCCAGUGACCAAAAAUUGGGUAUUGACGACAGGAACCAUAAUGAUAGGUUAUUGGCCACGUCAAGCUUACAUGGCAAAAGGUGCUGGUGAAGUUUACUUCGGUGGAUUUGCUGGAACUGCAUCCCCUCGUGUCCUAAGCCCACCAAUGGGAACUGGAGAUUUUCCCACAAAAGAUUUGACUCGGUCCUGUUUCAUGAAACAGCUUAAAUAUGUUAUUCCUGGUUAUACAUUAGAGGAUAUUAAUUCCAAUGAGAUGGAGUAUUAUGUUAAUAAUCAAAAGUGUUAUGGCGUAAUGUUUCUUAAGUAUGUAGAUUAUGAUUCGAGAGAAACUCUUACUUUUGGAGGACCUGGUGGAUAUUGUCCUAUUCGAUAA